CAUGGAGUAAAGCAAAAAAAUGGCCCACUCUGAAAUCUCAAUAGUUUGUUUUUUUCCUAAAUACAGUUUCAUAUUUAUACUUAUACUGAGUAUAAACUUAAGAGAUCCCUCAAAUACGACUUCGUACAACUACUAGUCUCCUUACUCCCUCCCUCCGAUCCUCUCUCCACCGUGUCCGGACUAAAGAAGGCCGGUGUAUAAUUCUGCAUCAGAUCAAUAACUCAAAAUAAAUCAAAGGCCGGGAGAAACCAUAAAUGAAGAGAACACUAAGGAUAGAGAUACUAUGUUUUGUGUUCAUGUUAAUCGUUGCUGUCCAAUUAUCCCUGUUGCUCAUAACGAGAGUAACUUCACCAACAAACCAAGUGUAGGACAAGAGUUGUUGGGCAAGAAAGCAAAGUCAUGGGAAUUAAUCCAAUCACUACAAGGUGAGGCAAUCAUAUGUGAUCGAUCCCAUGACAACUAUGAGUGGUGUUUCCUGAACCGUCCAAGCAUAUUGGAUAAAAAUUCAACAACAUUUUCCACCAUUGGAUCACAGUCUGGAAACUCAACAGAGAAAAUUCGUCCAUACCCUCGAAAAUGGGAGAAGUUGACCAUGUCACUUGUAAGUGAAAUAACUCUUACAACUUGGUCAAUUGAAAAACCUUGUGAAAUUUACCACGAAACCCCUGCCUUAGUGUUCAGUGUUAGCGGCUAUACUGGCAAUUUCUUCCAUGACUUUAACGACGGCAUUAUACCUCUCUAUAUCACACUUAACACUCUAUUUCCUGAUCAAGAUGUUACACUUGUUAUCGCUGAUUUUACCAAUUGGUGGUAUAGCAAGUAUGAGGUCUUAUUAAGAGGCUUCACUAAACAACCUGUUAUUAACCUUAACAACCAAACAUCCACCCAUUGUUUCACUUCUGUUGCGGUAGGACUUAUAUCACAUGGUCCAAUGACUAUAAAACCUAUUCAAAAUCCGUACAAAAAGUCAUCAUUUCUAGACCUACGUUCUUUAUUUGAGAUUGCUUAUAGCAAGUGUUCUGCUACACUACCGCCCCCUCUGGAGGCGGGUAAGCCUAGGAUUGUGUUCAUGAGCAGGACUGGAAAUGUUGGCCGUGUUAUAUUGAACCAAGACCAAAUCAUAGAGGCUGUGAAAAAGGCAGGGUUUGAUGUUGUGUUAUUCCAACCAACAAAAUUCACAUAUUUGUGUGACGCAUAUAGACUUAUUAAUGGAAGUCAUGGAAUGAUAGGAGUACAUGGUGCUGCCCUCACACAUUCACUCUUCCUUCGACCGGGCUCCGUGUUCAUCCAGAUCGUGCCACUUGGCAACGACUGGUUGGCGGAUUCUUACUUCAAAAAUUUGGCAACAGGCUUGAGAUUUCAGUAUUUGGAGUAUAAGAUAAGGCCAGAAGAGAGCAGCUUGGCUAAGAUUUAUGGGUUGAAUCAUGUAAUUCUCAGGAAUCCAAAUCUAAUCAUUAGAGGAAAUUGGUCUGCCUUGGAUACUAUAUAUCUCAAGAAACAAGAUGUUAACUUAGAUUUCAAUAGGUUUAGGAUGUAUUUGGAAAUUGCAUUUUCUAAAGCAAACAUGUUUUUGGACAAGAGGGGCUAGCUAGAUGAUUGUCGGACUUUUUAUUUUUGGUGACAUGAAACAAAUUAUGAAAAUUACAUUAAGCUAACUUUAAUCUGUUUUGAUUAUUAUGUUUGUACAUUAGGAAGUGGCUUUUCAGACAAAUGAUAUUUUAGCCUACGAAUUAAAAUCAGGGCUUUGUAUAUUUGUCACAAGUUUGAAUCUCCCUUGUGGUAAUUUUUGAUCUUUUUGGGUAAUUUUACAUCCAUCUCAUCUUAUUUACCGUG